AGGACGGGCGACGAAUAAACUUUAGUCUGACAGUCGGAUGGUUCCAGUCGGCGGGAUGGGAGUGUUAACGGAGAAGAGCAGUUUAUUAUGUAAACUGCUGUUUUUGCUGCUCCUGGCAGGGAGGUAUUUUCGAGGGACUGAAGCCCAACACUGUGUGUGGUAUGGUGAGUGCGGAGAAUCUGUAAUACUUCCUGGAAAAAAGUACAACUGUAACUACACUGGUCCUCCCAUCCCGCUACCUCCUGAGGGCAGUGAGCUUCUUACGGAGCUCUGUCCUGGAUAUAGCUAUGGUAACCAAAGCCUCUGCUGUGAUAUUGAACAGUUGCGCACUCUUAAAGGGAGUCUGCAGCUUCCCCUUCAGUUCCUGUCUCGGUGUCCUGCCUGUUUCUUCAAUUUGAUGAACCUGUUCUGUGAGCUUACAUGCAGUCCUCACCAGAGUCUGUUCUUAAAUGCUACCAAUAUUACUGCAGAAGCAAAACAAAGCAACAAGUCCAAUGUGAUGGAAGUACAGUACUACAUUAGCAAAACAUUCGCUAACGGCAUGUACAAUGCCUGUAAGGACGUCCAGGCACCAUCUAGCAACGUGAAGGCCUUGUCACUGCUGUGUGGGAAGACUGCAGAGGAAUGCAAUGCCUUUAACUGGAUCCAGUACAUGUUUGAUACGAACAAUGAACAGACUCCCUUCCCUAUCGACCCAAUAUUUUCAGACGACCCAGUGUAUGGUUUCACUCCAAUGAACAACAGAACCUAUGACUGUUCAGAGGGUCUGGAAGAUGGCUCUGAUCCCUGCUCCUGUCAGGACUGCUCAAAGACCUGUGGCCCCAUACCGGUCCCCCCAUCUCCUCCCCGCCCAUGGAAAAUCUUUCAUAUUGAUGCCAUGAUUGUCAUCAUGUGGUUCUCUUACAUUGCUUUCUUGACCCUCUUUUUUGGAGCUGUAAUUUGUGCUUGUUGUCACAGGAGAAGCACUGUCACAUCUGAGUAUGGCCCCAUAUUAGACAGUAGAAAUCCUCUGUCUCUAAACAGUGAUAAUUCUGACAAAGUGGUCACAUAUUGCGAAAUGCUGGGCGAGCGUUAUGAGAAUGCUAUGCGUGGCCUCUUUAGUGCCUGGGGUUCCUUCUGUGUGCGACACCCCCUGCUGGUCAUUCUGGGAAGCCUCAUAUUGGUUGUCAUUUGUUCAUCGGGACUUGUGUUCAUGCAUGUUACCACUGAUCCGGUUGAGCUGUGGUCAUCUCCCAGCAGCCAAGCUCGCCAACACAAGGACUUCUUUGACAGUCACUUCGGACCCUUCUUUAGAACUGAACAGCUCAUCAUCACAACGCACCUCAACGGCAGUUUUACAUACCAUCCAUACUUGGGUGGAUUAGACGUUCCAUUCGGGAAUGUCCUGGAUAAAGACAUUCUGGAUGAGGUACUUGAUCUACAACUUGAGAUUGAAGCACUUAUAGCCACAUAUGAGGGGGAGACGGUCACCCUCAAAGACAUUUGCCUGGCUCCCUUGGCCCCAUACAAUGACAACUGUACCAUCUUGAGUGUCCUUAACUAUUUCCAGAAUAGUCACAAAGUGCUGAACCACUCUACCGAUGAUGGGUUUGAAACAAUUGAUGAUUUUCACAGCCACUUCCUCUACUGUGUCAGUGCACCAGCAUCUCUCAAUGACACUACUACGCUGCAUGAUCCCUGUUUAGGGACCUUUGGUGGUCCUGUCUUCCCUUGGUUAGUUCUUGGGGGUUAUGAUGGUAUCAACUAUAACAAUGCCACUGCUCUCGUGAUCACUUUUCCAGUAAACAACUACCUUAAUGACUCUGUCAAGCUGGGCAAAGCGCUGGCCUGGGAGGACGAAUUCAUCAACUUCAUGAAGAACUAUAACAACCCUAACUUGACCAUAGCCUUCAGUGCGGAGAGAAGCAUUGAAGACGAAAUUAACAGAGAGAGCAACAGUGACAUCAAAACCAUCGUAUUGAGCUACAUCAUUAUGUUCGUGUACAUCUCUUUAGCUCUGGGUCACAUCCACAGCUGCUCACGACUGCUAGUGGAUUCCAAGAUUUCUUUGGGUAUAUCAGGCAUCUUUAUUGUACUAAGUUCUGUGACUUCCUCACUGGGCAUCUUCAGCUAUGCUGGUGUCCCUCUGACCCUCAUUGUAAUUGAGGUCAUUCCUUUCCUGGUGCUGGCUGUUGGAGUGGACAACAUCUUUAUUAUUGUGCAAACAUACCAGAGGGAUGAGCGUAUGCCACAGGAGGAACUUCAUCAGCAGAUCGGUCGCAUACUUGGAGAUGUCGCCCCGAGCAUGUUCCUCUCUUCCUUUUCUGAAACAGUGGCCUUCUCUCUCGGAGCUCUGUCCAAUAUGCCGGCAGUGAGGACAUUCUCCCUGUUUGCUGCCGUGGCUGUGUUUGUUGAUUUCCUGUUGCAGAUUAGCUGCUUCAUCAGUCUGCUUGGUGUAGAUGCUAGAAGACAGGAGGGGAAUCGGCUCGACAUCCUUUGUUGUCUGAAGCUGUCCAGUGGUCAGCAGGAAAAGACAGAUGGCUGCCUCUUUCGUUUUUUCAAGAAAAUCUAUGCCCCAUUCAUUCUCAAAGAGUGGGUGCGCGCCAUCAUAGUGGCGGUAUUUAUUGGAAUACUUUCCUUCAGUAUUGCUGUUUUGAACAAAGUUGACAUUGGACUGGACCAGAAACUCUCCAUGCCUGAUGACUCGUAUGUGCUGCAGUACUUUAACAACAUUAGCAUGUAUCUCAACACUGGUCCCCCAGUGUAUUUUGUCAUAGAAGAUGGUCUCAACUACAGUAGCCUGGAGGGACAAAACGCUGUCUGCGGAGGGGUUGGCUGCAACAACUCCUCCCUGGUCCAGCAGGUCUACACUGCAUCACGCAUCAGGAACUAUUCAACUAUCGGAUUCCCACCAUCUUCCUGGAUAGAUGACUACUUUGACUGGGUGAAGCCUCAGUCCAGCUGUUGCCGAUACUAUAACACCACCGGGACCUUCUGCAAUGCCUCAGUGGUGAACUCAUCGUGUGUACAUUGUCGGCCCAUGACUGCCAGCGGAAAGCAGAGACCUGUAGGAGACGAGUUCAUGCAUUUUUUGCCCAUGUUCCUCUCAGACAAUCCUAACCCCAAAUGUGGAAAAGGUGGCCAUGCAGCUUAUGCCUCAGCAAUUGACUUGCACAACAACAACACAGAGAUCGGAGCGACCUACUUCAUGACUUACCACACCACGCUGAACAAGUCCUCUGACUUUAUAAAUGCUUUGAAAAUGGCCCGUGCUCUGGCUAAUAACAUCACAGAAUCCAUCAACCACAAAGUUUUUCCCUACAGCAUAUUCUACGUGUUCUACGAGCAGUACCUAGCCAUUGCCUAUGACACAAUUCUUCACCUGUGCUUGUCGCUGGCAGCAAUAUUUGUGGUGACAACAGUAUUGUUGGGCUUUGAGCUGUGGUCAGCCCUUAUUGUCAGCAUUACGAUUGCCAUGAUCCUGGUCAACAUGUUUGGCGUCAUGUGGCUCUGGGACAUCAGCCUCAACGCCGUGUCCCUUGUGAACCUAGUCAUGUGUUGUGGUAUCUCGGUGGAGUUCUGCAGUCACAUUGUGCGAGCUUUCUCCGUCAGUGUGAAGAGAACGCGAGUGGAGCGGGCUGAAGAGGCUCUGGCCCACAUGGGCAGCUCCGUGUUCAGCGGGAUCACGUUGACGAAGUUUGGAGGUAUCCUGAUUCUGGCACUUUCCAAGUCACAGAUCUUCCAGGUCUUCUAUUUCCGGAUGUAUCUGGCUAUCGUGCUGCUCGGAGCAGCGCACGGACUCAUAUUCCUGCCCGUGCUGCUGAGCUACAUAGGUCCUUCAGUGAAUAAGGCAAAGGUGGCCGCUGCUAACAGGCGCUAUGCCGGCACAGAGCGGGAGCACCUCCUCAACUACUAGUAAGCUUUUUGAGACGGCGGACUAAUGACUUGUCUGUAGGGAACUGUGUGGGUGUUUGUGUGAUUACUGACACACUCACUGCUAUGCACCAGUUAACUCAGGAAUUUACUCAGGAAUAGGAGCGCCAGGGGCCUUGUCCAAGCACGUAAUUAUUAAAUUCCUCCGCACACUUUGGACUUGCAGGUCACCACCAUUUUUCCUACUCGCGUGCUACAGGACAAGCCUGAGGGAAGUAAUGAACCAUGACAUCAGUUUACAGAUGCACCUUCAGUCGUAUGCUUAUUAACAAUAAAUCUAUUUUAAUAUUUUGAUUUGGGCACGGGAGAGACACACACACACAAAGGGGUCAGUCUUUUUUCCUGUGUAUUACAUUUGUAUCACACAACAUUUUUUUGUUUGUCUUUGUAUAUUUACUAAUAAGGUACUUUUCUACAGUUACUCACAUAAUGAAACAUUUGACUGCAGCAGAGCUAAUUGAUAAAACUGACAAUCGCAUCGACCCUGUUCAUAGCUGUUUGGUUUUUGUUGUUGUUCUGUUUUUUUUUGUUUUGUUUUUUUUAAGCUCUUCAUCUAAGCAGUUGGAAUGUAGAGCAAAAAAUAAUAAUAAUAAUAAUACAUGCAAAAAAUAACCUGUUGGUCUGAAGCUUUAGUGAUUUGCGUCUCAUGGUUUUUGAGUGUCCUUUUGGUCUUGUGUGUGUAAAAACCAUUUCUCACGUUUUUUUUUUUUUUCUCCAUUUUAUUUCUACUUUUUUUUGCUGUGCUUCAUGUAUCUGCACCAUCCUUUUGAAAUAAUUUGAUUGUAUUGGUGGGUUUUUACAAUGGACGUAUUAGUGCCACCGACAAUUUCCACUGAAUUGUUACUAAAUAAAAUGUUAAACUGAAGUUUAUAAAUAAUUACAAGUUUUAAGUAACACGCAGUAACUAAUUUAAAACAUUUUCAUUUGUCUUCUAAUGUAUGUCAAAAUAAAUAAUGUAGUUUGACACCUGGACAACAGCACACAGCAGUCUUGUGUUUUAUGUUCCUUGCUGUAACAGUUUUUUUUUUUUUUAUAUAUAUAUAUUAUUUUGCUUGGGGUGGGGGGGGGUACUCUGAAUCCUGGAAAUCGUCUGGGGAUUCCCCAAAACUUUUAAACACAACUUUGAUAAAUACUUGAUUUAGAAUUGUUCCCACAUAAACGAUAUUAAGCUACAACAAGAAGAACAUGGUAAUUAAAAUCUGGAGGCUACAAUUUUCUUAAAUAAAUUUUUAGGUCCUUUUAAAUUUUAUUGCAAACAUGAAAGUCAGGCUUUAAAAAUAUGUUUUUAAAGAUCCCGCUGGGUCCGCCUGCCUACCUUCAUAACCCACCAGCGCCCACACUUUGGGAACAGCUUAAAAAAAACAAAAAAACAAAUCACAUUUUACUAGUUUGUGCGUGUGUGAGUGUCACUACAGGUACUUUCUCUUCUGUGCAAUCAAUAUGUCUGUUAAUUCACUUUUUUCUCCACAAAUGCACA